UUACAUGUUAACUUUAACCAGAGCGAUACUAUGAGCAGGACCAUGACGCUCACGACAUUUGCCAUUGUUGUCAUCCUGGUUAGCUUCACCUCAGGACAGCCGGAUUGUAGCCGUGGCGUAGAUGUGGCUAUAGUUGGAGCCGGUCCCAGUGGAGCUUACUCUGCCUACAGAUACCAGGAGAGGAAAAAUGUGACUGUUGAACUCUUUGAGCUCAGCGAUCGCAUCGGUGGCCGAGUCUACACAACCAGCUUCCCCGGGGUGCCUGGCUUGAAGCUGGAGGCUGGGGCUAUGAUGUUCUACCCUGAGCUGCACCCCACAGUACAGGGGCUUGUUCAAAAGCUGGGUCUCCAAACUAGAAUAUUCCAGGAAGACGAGCGCUCUGGGGUCAGGUAUUACCUGAGAGGACAGAACUUGAUGAAGCAGCUAAUUACACAGGAUGGAGACCUCCCGUUCAAGCUUAGCCCUGAAGAGAAAAUAAACCAGCAUCGUCUAGCCCACUACUAUUUGGAGAAAUUAAUUGGCGCUAGUAUAAAAACCCCAAUCAGCCACUCAACAUUUCUAGGUCUGAAAGUCUCUGAUGGUAGAGAGCUGUUUAAGUUGACAUUUGAUGAAGCGUUGGAUCUGGUUGCUACAAAAGAAGGAAAAGAAUUGCUUCAAGCCUUAACGCUAGAGUUUCCUAUAGCCACGCCCCUAUCUGCUCUCAGUGUCUUUGAGAACUUGUUGGGAGAUUAUAGUGGAAACCGUACAGUCGCCACACUAACAGACGGCAUGAGCGCUCUCCCUGCACGCUUAGUGGAGGAGUUUCUUAACUCUAACCCCAGACAGCACAAGUUGACCAUAAACAGACGACUAGACUCAAUAGAGAAACGUGCAAAUGGUUCUUACACUUUGGUCUUCCAAAAAACAAUGACACAAGACAAAACCACCACCGAUCUAGGCGAGACUGAUGUGGUAUGUGCAAAGACUGUGAUCCUGGCUUUACCAAAGUGUGCACUUCGGCAGCUGAAAUGGGAGCGACUUAAAGAAAAGGCUGUAGCUGAGGCGAUUAACGAUGCUGUUAGAGAUCUGGCCCUUAGCAAAGUAUUUUUUACUUUCCCGAGCAAAUGGUGGCUUCAGAGUCCCCCCUCCAACAUAACCUUCUCAGAUUUGACAUUCACUGCGGCCUACGAUUGGGGUCAGACAAGGAAAGACAACACGCUCGUCUAUGGCCUGCUGGCCAGUUCUGCUAGAGGUGGCGCCACUUCACGUCUGGAACAGCUCAACUCAGUGGGCGAACCAAUCCAGGGCUCCAUGCCGGGCCCAAACAAGGUGAGCAGUGCUCUCAAGGAGGAGCUGCUCACCCAACUGGCGCGGGUGGUUGGACUGGACCGUGAGAAAAUACCUGAGCCCCUCCAUGCCAUGUCCCAGUUCUGGACGCUGCCCAGUGACAGGUGUGGGCUGGUCACCUGGAGGUUCGGCUACAACUAUGAGCAGGUGUCGGCCCGACUGGAGCAGCAGCUGUUGAGUGGCGACAUCUACCUUGUCGGCUCGGACCACGCCUAUGGUCAUCACACCAUCUGGGUGCAGGGGGCGCUAGAGACUGUGGACAAGGUCAUGGGCAAACUACUGCACCAGUAAUUGGAGCUAUUAAGCUACUGCAUUCAUUCAGACAACCGCAUCAUUAAUUUGCUCUUUUUAAUGCAUCGUUAAUUUGCUUGAUCCAGAUUUAAUUGCUUUUUUUCCGUAGCAACUAAAAAUUGAAAGUGUACAUCUAAAAUUCUUUAAAGGUCUGGUAGUUCGAUGAUACUGUUUCCUUUAUCAGAUUAUCUUGUGUAUUCUUCUCUAAAAACUACUUUAGACUAGGCUAAGAUUGAGACACCUAUUGUUUUGUUUUAAAAUUGCACAUAACUUGAGUUGUGCUGUGCCCCCCCCCCCCCCCCCCACCUUGAUAAUA